CUUGUGUCCUCGAGGGACGGAGCUUGUGUAACUCAACAAGAGACACCUAGAACAAACUACGGAUCCUCGACAAUGGACUACUUCCAAUCAGUUCCUUGGUGCGCGGCGCUUCUCGAAACGCCCGGCAUUGUUCUAUACACGCCCACGUGCCGCCUCGAACCGGACGCCAAUGGCGCUCUCCCAACCAAAGACCAAUUCUUCCGCGUCAAUCUCAGAAACAACGACUUAAUUCCCCAUGCAAUCGGUUUCUACCAAGACCCAUUCUCCCCCACUACCAUUUCGCCCUCUCCAACCUCAUCCGGUCUCCGUCUCCUGAUUCACUCCUCAACAUUAAUGCUCGACCUCCGUCCUGGAACGAAUGGCUACAACGGGACCGCACACGGCGGGCUCAUAUCCACGUUGAUCGAUGAAGCGAUGGGCUCUCUCAUCUAUAUUAACCAUCGCUUCUACACCGAAGUCGAAGCAAUACACAAAGAGAAGAUACCAUCGAACGUACUGAACAUGCACGGGGUUGCGAUGUUCACUGCGGGCAUGAAUGUGCGGUUCCUAAAGCCGUUAGCGACGCCUCAGAUCGUGUUAGUGACGGCAAGCCUCAAUGACAUCAAAGGGAGGAAGGUGUACUUAGACGUCGAAGUAAAGGAUGGGGAAGGGGUCAGGUAUUCAAGCUGUGAAGGGAUGUGGAUGAGUGUUUCGAAGGAGAACCUGUGAGAUGGUAGAUCCGGAUCGGAAGCAGAGUUAGCAAGUACGGUGUAGCUUGCUGUUAAGGCUAAGCUGUGCCCGUAUGUUACACGAUGUCUGCAGGCUGACGGCGGAAUUUAAGAGGCAGGUCGCACUAUCUUAAAGUAUUAUAAUAAAGUUAGCGGUAUAUAA